AUGAAUGGGGAUGUAGAAAAGCAAAUCCUUUCGAAUACGGAAUCUGAGACAUCAGUCCGAAACAUACAAGAGAAUAAACUGAAAAAAGAAGAAUAUUUAGAGAUAGGAAAAGGUAGGGAGGUACCAUACUCCGUUUUAACCAAGGUAGAGAAAUAUGCGAUGUCAUUUUUAUUAAGUUCAAAUGGAAUAUGGUCUAGUGUAUCACUGUCAAUAUUUUUCCCAGCCUUGCCUUCUUUGACAAAAGAGUUUAAUAUCACUCUAGACGUUGCGAACUUAUCGAUUGUGGGAUACUUGUUACUUCAAGGUAUCUCCCCUGCUAUUCUUGCAUUUUUUUCCGAUAAUUAUGGUAGAAGGCCAUGUAUAUUGUUUUGCGUGAUAGGGUACACUGCAGUAUGUAUAGCUCUUUCUCAAACAAAUGUAUUCUGGUUAAUGGCGGUGCUAAGAUGCAUUCAGGCUGCAGCAAUUGCACCUAUGGUUGCAAUAACUACAGGUUCGGUAGGUGACUUUAGCAGAGUAUCUGAAAGAGGCACAUUCGUGGGGUUCGUGCAAGGAAUUCAAUUAAUAGGACAGGGUUUUGGAGCAGUAAUAGGAGCUGCUCUUGUCCACAGCUAUAGUUGGAGAGGAAUAUUUGUAUUUUUGGCAAUUGGUAGCGGAAGUGUUGCCAUUAUUAGCCUUUUUUUAUUACCAGAAACCAACAGGGCUAUAGUAGGAAAUAUGAGCGUUCCAGCUACAAGAAUAAUUAAUAAGCUGCCUAUUGCAUCACUUCCCUGUUUCAAAGCCAGAUUAUCUAAUGAUGUCGACACAUUACUUGCAGGUAACUCGUCAUUUGGUAGAAUACUUGCUCCAUUCAAAAUAAUGAUGAGAAAAGACGUUUUAGUGGCCUUGAUUCCUGCUGGAUUUCAGUAUACAGUGUGGACGAUGACCCUUACCUCUCUUUCUACAACCCUCGAACUAAAAUACAAAUAUUCAAUGAUACACAUUGGAAUCUGUUAUAUUCCUUCCGGCAUCGCAACCGUAUUAGGAUCUUUAGUUGCAGGAAGGGUAUUAGAUUGGAAUUAUAAAAGAAGAAAAGUUGCACACGAUGCUAAGUACGUUAAUUUAGACGAGCAUGAAAGACCUGGAUUUAAUAUUAGAAAGGUUAGAUUGGAAUUAUGCAUCUUUACUACCGUAUCUUUGAUUACCUUUUCAAUUGUAUUUGGAUGGUGUUUGCAAUAUAGAGUUAACAUUGCACCAAUAUUGAUAGCAGCGUUUGUAAUUUCAUUUUGCAGUGUCGCACAAUUGUCUGCAAUAACAACAUUACUUGUUGAUAUGUACCCUGGACAGGGUUCAGCUCUGACGAGCUGUGUUAACUUCGUUAGAUGUAUUCUAGCUGCAAUUGGUAUUGGUGUUUUACAGAAUAUGGUAAAUGCCAUGGGCGAGGGAGGAACAUAUACAUUAAUGGCAGGCUUCUGUUUGAUAGCUGAAGCUGUCCUUUAUUUAACUGCAUAUCAUGGGAGGAAAAAGCUGAGAGACUAA